GGACCACUUUGACCGAUGCAACAUGUGCUCCCUGCGACAGGGUCAAGAAUAUACCUGCCAUCAGGUCAUUUCGGCACUGUCAGGUACUUUGGCCCACUUGACGGCACCACCGGUCUUUGGUUUGGUGUCGAAUGGGACGACUCAGCUCGCGGCAAACAUGAUGGUAUAAAGGAUGGGAAACGAUACUUUAACUGCCGAGUUCCUCACAGUGGAUCCUUCAUUCGCCCAUCUUCCUCUAUUUGCUACGGGUAUACAUUUUUGCAAGCAUUGAAAAAUAAGUAUGUAGAAGCUGCGCAUGGGACUGCGUCACAAGAGAAGAUUGUUCUGGGCUCUUCAAAUGGUGUCAUAGAGGUUGAAGCUGUAGACUUGGACAAGAUCCGAGGCAAAUUUUCAAAUCUGGAGCGACUGCGCGAAGUGAGCCUUGACAAUGAGAUGGUUUCUACCGGGAACAAUCCAGGGGAAAUCCUGUCAACAUGCCCUAGCAUCCGUGGCUUGGAUCUUUCUGCGACACUUUUGUCUAGUUGGGAUGUGGUGGCAAUGAUAACCACUGAACUGCCUCAACUCGAGCGGCUAGCGCUCAAUCGCAACCGGCUGACGCCGCCCUCAUCUCACUUGCCUGCAUCGGCUUGGCUGCGACUCUCAGAGCUCCAGCUGAACGGCACCUGGACUUCAUGGGAAGAAUUUACGAGCAUAGCGAUGCUCAUGCCUCAACUUCGCAUAGCAGAACUCGGAUACAAUGGGCUGACUUCCCUAUCACAUGCGAAGAUCUCUACAGUGUUGGACCGUAUCGAGAUCCUCAAUUUUGAUAGCAACAAGCUAGAAGAUUGGCAAUAUAUCAACGAAGCAUUGAAGCCGUGUGCCUCAUUACAACGACUCGUACUUUCAUCUAACGGCAUUGCAAGGAUUCCUCCUCGGGGAUCUUGUCCAUCACAUUUACAAGGUCUCAAAGUCCUCUCUCUUUCCAGUAAUAAACUCCAUAAUCAGCGCGAUAUUGACCAAUUAUAUGAGUGGUGUCCCCAUCUCGAAACGCUGAGCCUCGCCAAAAAUCCACUGUCCGAGGUAAAUGAUCUCUCUCGUUCUGCCAGGCAGCAGAUCAUAGCAAAGAUUCCGUCUUUGCGGGUCCUUGACGCAACUGCGAUCUCAACAAAGGAACGAUCAGACAGUGAAUUGUAUUAUCUUUCUUUCGUUGCCAAGACCGUGCUUGGGCAUGACGAAGCCAAAAUGAAGGAACACCCACAAUGGAAGGUGCUGUGCAUGAGUCAGUGUCUUGGCUCCACCGAGUCAUUGCUAUAUUUACCAAGCCUUUUGCUAUGUGCCACAGAGCACGGUAGACCUGCUGAGUCAAUAGCUGAUCGCGACGGUAGACUCAGUCGAUAUUUGAUCGGUAGGUCCUUGUUGGAUGAUCGCGUCACCGCCUUUUGAACUAUACCCACAGAGGUAAAAGUUCACCACUGCUCUGAGCCUCCUGGAGGCCUCUUUACCCCGGAAAUGGAAGGGCGUCUCAUCGCAUCUACAUCGCUGCGCGUGCUUUCUACGAUGAAGUUGGGGCUUUUCCGGCUCAGACUGAUGAAAGCCCUGGGAGCAGGCAAAAAUCCAAGGAACCGGGAUAGUAUUUGUGUAUGGUUGAGGAUGGGUGACGACACACUAGCUCUUCUUGAAAACGAUGAUCAAGAAUUAGGAUGGUGGGGAAUAGAGAGUAAUUCACAUAUUGUUGUACA